AUCAGUCGGCCGUGUGCGGUUUGAAGUGAUCUACAUACAUCGUCAGGAAACACAGACCACGUUCAUUAUGAAAUCGAUGGUGGUGUUGUUCGCUCUCGCCUCUGUGGCUUGCGGCUCCUUUUUGCCGGUGGCGCAGCCCCCGCAUCAUCCCGCUGUCGUCCUGGACCCCCACGGCCGGCCUCUGGACACCGCGGAAGUCAUCAACGCUCGCGCUCUCCACCUUCAAGCUAAAGUAUUGGAAGGACACCACGCCCCACUCGUGCACGCUGCUGUCGCGCCGAUUGUAGCUCCUAUCGCUCACUCCGUCAUCGCUCCUGCUGCCGUCUCUCAUCAAUCUCGUGUUGAUGUACGUACCAGCCCCGCCAUCUAUAGCCACGCUGUUGCCGCACCAGUCCUCGCACACGCCGCCUACGCUGCACCAGUAUUUGCUGGUCACGGUCAUGGACACUGGCUGAAAAAACGUUCCCUGGGUCACUUGACUUACAGUGCUCCCAUCAUCGCUCCAGCUGCGGUUUCUCACCAGUCCCGCGUGGAUGUGAUCUCUAGCCCGGCAGUCGUGUCCCAUGCAGUCGCUACUCCCGUCGUAGCUCACGCCUAUGCUGCCCCCGUGGUCGCUGCAGUAGCCCCAGCGGCCGUGUCUCAUCAGUCCCGCGUGGAUGUCCGCACUAGCCCCGCUGUAGUAGCACAUGGAGCGGUCGCACCAUACGCGCACGGAAUCAUCACUCCUUAUGCCCAUCAUGCUGGACUCUUCCAUUCCGCCCCCUUGGUACACUCCAGCCCCCUGGUUCACGGUUGGUGAAGAACGAUCCUGACGAACAAACCUUGUAACACCUAAGUAUUAAAAAAUGAAAAAAAUAUAUUUAUGAAAUACAAA